AUGGAGAGGAAGCCGGGCGGCGAGGAUGACUGCGUGGACUCGGGAGCCGAGACAGGAGGAUCUGAGUACAGCCGCAUGUCCUCUACAAGCAGUGAACUUUCUGUUGAAGACAAUCAGGACCCUUUCCUUGUUAGUAUACAUAUCAUCGCAGACCCUGGUGAAUCCAAAGUUCUCCAGCAAGCCAUUGAUAAACUGUUAGCAUGGAUCCAUCCAGACCUCCAGUUGUUCCGAGUCUCAGAAAGACGGGUCUCAAGGAAGCACAGGAAGUCUGGUAAGACUGCUGUUUCUCAGCCAGCCCUUGCAGUCAUUCUGUUUCUGCAGGAGGAAUAUGGAGAAGAACCAAUCUUACAGCUCCAUGAAACCUUUCAGAGACCACCUUGGCAUUACCACCAUACAGAACGAGUGCAAGGCAAGUUCCUCCCUUACAUGCCAUGCAGUCAGGACUUCUUCACUUUGGCCCAUGGGACCCCUUUAUGGGCCAUCCGCCCAGUGCAUUAUGGGAGAGAAAUUAUCCGCUUUGCCAUAUACUGCAGGAAUGAAAACUUUAUUGACAUUAUGAAAUUGUACCAGUUAAUCCUGAAAAGACCGGUGUGUCAGAAAAAGGCGGACUUUUGUGUCUUUCCUGUCUAUUCUAACAUGGAUAUAGACAUUCAGUUCUCUUUAAAAAGACUCCCUAAGGGCCAGAUUCCAACCCCUACAGAGUCAGCGGUGCUGGAAUUCCGAGUAGAAGAUGUUGGACAGCUUGUUCCUCUCUUGCCCAAUCCUUGUAGCCCAAUCAGUGAAGGCAGGUGGCAAACAGAAGACCAUGAUGGGAAUAAGAUCCUCUUGCAGGUGGAAAUUUCCUUUCUUCGGUCAACAAGCAAAAAGUUAACUAGCAGCCCUGGAUUCUUCUCAUCAGAUCAGGCACGUAUUUGGUAUAGGAAGUCUGCUAAGCAGAACAAGCUUCAUUUCCCAUCUUCAAGGGAUUCCCGUUUCACUCCUUCACCAAGCUACAUUCCUCACAGUCACAGACUUGCCCCUAAUCAAACUAGUGAGCAUCUGAACUCAGCUGGUCAAAUCAAGCUGCAUCGGGCAAAUGGCCUUGGACAGUACCUUGGCAUCUCCCAGCAGGACUUGAGAAAUGGUGACCGAGGAGACUUCACCCGAAGAUCCAGUAGUGCCUCCAGCAUUUCAUGGUCAUUUCAGCGAAGCAAGUCUCUGUUCUGCUUGCCCACAACAAGCUCCACUCCGGCCUCUGACUCCUUUAACUUUAGUGAACUGUUUCAGAAUUUAAAUACUGGGUCACCUGUGAACAGGUUAAAAACAUGGAGAUGCAGCCCCAAGCUUAACAUUGAGGACUUGGAGGGUUCACAGGAGACUGAUGUUGACACAGGGAUGAAGCUGUCCUUCUCAGAUCUGUCUGUGGUCUCAGCCUACUCUACCUUUAAUGGAUUUUGCAGUGAUUUGGAAGCUACUCUUCCCUCACAAAGGCAAAGUGUCAGUAUAUCUAAACAGGCUGUCUCCAGGGGAAGGCCGUUGUCAGCCAUGUGCAGUACCCUUGAGCUCCCUAGUGGUUCACUUCCAUCUCUCUCCGAGUGGUCUUCCAGCUCUUUCUUGUCAUCUUCCGCAUCCCCCUUAGCAUCUCACUGCCAACUCAGACAGUCACCAAGAGCAACCCCUUGUUCUUUGAAUGAUAGGAAAACAACUGGCAGCAUUCAUCCAGGCUCUCCAACCAACGAGGAGGAAUUCUACAUCUGAGCUUUCUCCAUGCUGAACCUUUUAAUGUAAAUUUGUGCGUAUGUGAAUUACAGCAGUGCAUUUCCACCAUCUGAGCCAUCUGGGCUGGCAAGUUCCUUGCUCCUUCCUGAGGGGAGGGUGUUACAUCACUAAAUGUUGUAAAUGUUGUAAAAGGUUCCCACACACCACUGUAAUGGGUGCCUCAUAAAUGUGUAUUAUAAUAUCAGGUGAGAUUGUGUCCACUGGAUUCAUGUGGAGGGGAACCUUGAUGUGUAGCUGUGCAGGUAGGAGGUUUGUGCUCAGUGUCCUUCAGCUCUGGCGAAGGGGGUUUGGGAGACUGACCCUUAGCAUGUAGAGCAGGAAGUGCCCAGGGAUGCACAUGGUAACCCACCUUCCCCUGACAAGUAUCGUAAAGAUGCUGAAAAGAAAAUACAACCUCAAGCUGCAUUAACUUUUCUGAGAAGCUCUCUCCACGCUGGCGAACCCUUCCCCACCUCCUUUAUGAGAUGCCAGAGGCAGCUAUGAAAAGGGCAGACCCUAGCAACAUGACUCCAGUAGAGCCAGACAAAGAGGCUGAGGGCCCCAGAACCAUUGUAGAGGCACAAGCCUCCAGCUGAUCUUUGAGAAUCUGCAGAAUCGGGGAGAGAACAUCCUGUUUGCUCCAUGGGGAAGAAGGAACCCGCACCACAUCCCCAAUUUGAUGGACCGGUUUUGGGAAAAUGCCAUGAGGGGAACCUUGAGGAGCUUUUCUCC